AUGAUGAUCAACGGAACCGGUGCCUUUGGAGAACUGGACCAGGAUGCUCUCAGCCAGAACCACAGCUCGUUUCCCGCGCUGCGCCUCGAGUCCAGGUCUUUGGUCACUUCAGCCACCAUGUUCGCAGUGGGAGUCCUGGGGAACCUCAUCGCCAUAGUGGUGCUAUGCGUGUCCAAAAAGGAGCAGAAGGAAACCACCUUCUACACUUUGGUUUGUGGGAUGGCCAUCACAGACCUGCUGGGCACGUGCUUCACCAGCCCGGUGGUGAUCGCCACCUACGUGUCCAGCCGGUGGCCGGGCGGCGCGCUGCUCUGCCACUUCUUCUCCUUCUCCAUGCUGUUCUUCGGCUCGGCGGGCAUGUCCAUCCUGUGCGCCAUGGCUGUGGAGCGCUACCUGGCCAUAAACCACGCUUACUUCUACUCCAAGCACAUCGACCGGACGAUGGCGCGCUUCGCUCUCCUCGUGACUUACCUGGCCAACAUCGUGCUCUGCAUCAUGCCCAGCUUCGGCUUCGGGCAGCACGUGAGGCACUUCCCGGGGACGUGGUGCUUCCUGGACUGGAGGGCGGCGAAUCCGCUCGGCGCGUGCUACUCCUUCCUGUACGGCGGCGUGAUGCUGCUGCUGAUCGCCGUGACGCUGCUGUGCAACGUGGCUGUGUGCAGGUCCCUGGUGGGGAUGAACCAGAGGAGCGGGAUCGUUCGGACCGAGCUGUGCGAGCAGAGCGGCGCGCGGCGGCGCUUCCCCCGGCUGCCGUCCGUCACCACAGCUGCAGAGAUCCAGAUGUUCUGGCUCCUGGUCUUCAUGACCAUCGUGUUUCUGGUCUGCUCCAUCCCUUUGGUGGUGAGGAUCUUUGUUAACCAGCUCUACGACCCCCCCUACAUUUCUGCUGGGGGGAAGCCGGACUACCGGAGCGACAUGCUGGCAAUCCGUUUUGCCUCCUUCAACCCCAUCCUGGACCCCUGGGUCUACAUUUUAUGUCGGAAGAACCUCCUCCUGAAGGGCUGCGGGAGGUUAAAGAGAGCCGUGGACCGGGCCACGGAGGGCAGAGGGGGUGAUGAGGGCUGCGUGGGGGGCCAAAACUCCACCCCGUCUCUACACAGCAACGACACCAGUUAUGCGUCAUUACGCAUGUCCAGCUACCACACCGGACACCCGGAGAAAACCACGUCUUUUACAGACUUCACGAUGAGACAAGCGUGGGAGUACGACACGUCGCGCGCCAACUUCCACCCGUUCUGCGUGGAGUCCACCGCGAUCAUCGGCUGCGAGGAGGAGGCGGCCGCGCGCCGGGAGGGCGCGGAGAAGAGCUCCCCUGGGCGCAACUGCGUGGCGCACAUCAGGAGAGUGGACAUAGUUACGUGCACGUUCAGCACACCGAGUUCCACGCAGUCAGCCAAAUGUCUCUGA